CUACUAAAAAUCAUGCAUUUCAUGCCAGUGGAACUUGAAGAAGUCAAGAAGUGGCAAGACGGAAGAAGCUGUCGGAAUGUCUACUAGUUUUAUUUUGCAUGUUUCGGUAGCGCGUAACUUUUAUGAGGAAUACUAGUCAUAGGUGGUAGAAAAAUGGAUGGAUAUGGGACAUAUCGAUUGAAUCAUUAUGUAAACGUUUUUUAACUGCAGUGUUAAUGUUCAAAGUGAGCAUAGUAUGACAGUGGGUUAACAUAAUACGAAAUAGACGUUUUUAGGAAAAAAACAUUGCUUAGUAUUGGUGCGUUGAGAACACCCGAACGUUUUACAUAACCUUAUUUUAAGUUGUCAUUAUGGUAGUUGAAAAAUGUUUAACAUGCAAAGAGAGUUGAACCACUCCUCGAAGUAGGUUCCAGGGCGGAUUAAACACGUUUACUAGUACGACAGAUUAAUUUGUGCGUUUUUUCACGAUUUUAGAAAACUAACUACACAAAUCAAUAUAAAAGUUAAUCGCUUUGUAUUUUACAAAAUUUCCCGGUGUGUUCCUAAACGCACCUCGGUGACGUUGACUGUUUUGAUGAUAAUGGCGGGACGCACAGUUUACUUCCUCGAUUUACAAGGAUGAUGGCGUCUCUCUUGGCAAAAGACAAUCCACUUCUUUUACCCCUGAACGUGGAGAAAACGGUCUAUGAUGGAUUCAUCACUGUCCAGGAAAAAGACCUGAGAUUGAGAAUAGAUCUAUCACCAGAUCGCCAACUAAAAAAGGCCAAGUUCCAUUGCUGCUGGAAGUUAAAACACCUGCUGCAUGGGUAUGAACACAUUGUAAAGCAGAGGCUACAUCAGUCUACUGAUCUUGUUAGUUUCAUUCUGGAACUGAAAACUGUCUUGGAAGUGUGUUUAAAAAAUCAUCCGCUGUGCAACUCCAUUCCGCCUCCACAUUACUACUCUCAACUCAUCUUGGAAAUGGAAACCCUCGGUUGGGACAAGCUACUUUUCAUAGACACGCAAUUUCAAAUGUUGAAAAUUAAAGCUGAAGACUCAUCUGGACGACUGCACAUUCUUCGGAUUAACCUGAAACCAAAGCACCCAACAGAGGCUCCUGAAUGCUCAGCUGACCUGCCUAUCCCUCUCCUCUUAAAAUGGACACCCCAGUCUUCUUUGAACGACCUUCACAGCCAGUUCCUGGUUGUCAUUGAGGCUCUGACUGAGUUCUGGGACAUUCUUGAGGAGAUUGACACAAAGACCUGGGUCCUGGAGCCAGAAAAGCCAAGUCUUUCUGACACUAUGAGACGAAUCGUCAUCGGAAAUAAUGUAUCCAUUAAAGUGGAAGUGGAUCCCCGGCACCCAAAGAUGUUGCCAGAAUGCUGCCUGCUGGGAGCUGAGCAUGUUGUGACUCCACUGAGGAAUAAACUGAAUGCCAACAUGCAUUUGUGGAACCCGGACUCUGGUGUCUUGCAAAACCUCCAGGAUGUUUUGGAGAUCGAAUUCCCGUCACCUGCCACCCACGAAAAAUCUAUGUUCAAUGUUGAGUGUGGAAUCUGCUACUCUUAUCGCCUUGAAGCUGCGAUCCCUGACCAAGUGUGCAACGAUCCUCGUUGUGGGCAACCCUACCAUCAAGUGUGCCUGUAUGAGUGGCUGCGUGUGCUGCCCGCCAGCAGGCAGAGCUUUAACACGGUUUUUGGAGAGUGUCCUUACUGCAGCAAGCCCAUUACUGUGAAAAUGGCAGCUCAGAAGUCUUGAAGUGGCAUUCCGUGCCAUAUCAACUCAAGGAAACGGUUUAGAACUAAUACAGCUAAAGAAAGCAAAUCACUGUUCUUGCUGAAACAGGCCAAUUUGAAAAUUCCUGCUGGGGGAAUGAGUUCUAAAUGGGAAGUCCAACAGCCAGGAGAAGGGCGGUGCCCAUGAAGAUGGCACAGUAAUUCUUGGGCAUGCAUGCAGGAGUAGUUUGCCGACCUAUAUGCUAAGCCCACCCCCACCCACAUCUAAGGUGUACUAGACGUUGCCACCGCAGUGAGCCCCUCUUCCAUACUGGCUAUCUUUGGGAAUCGAGCCCUCACAGAUAGGAAACAUCUGUAUUUUUGGAUCCUUUUGUGAAAUUUAGUCAUUUAAAGGUUUGUGCUUUUGGAAUAAAAUCUUCAAUUAAUCAUUCAAAUAAAGAGAAAAAAACAAACACA